AUGGCAAAAGCAGAAGCGGGAAAUCAAACAGCCAUCAUGGAAUUCCUUCUCCUGGGCUUUGGAAAUGGACACAAAAUGCAAAUUCUCCUCUUCCUGCUGUUCCUGGUGAUCUACAUGGCAACCAUGGCUGGGAACCUCCUCAUCGUUGUGCUGGUGGUGACCGAUCGGCACCUUCACACCCCCAUGUACUUCUUCUUGGGCAACUUGGCCUGCUUGGAGACCUGCUACAGCUCCAUCAUCCUGCCCCGGCUGCUGGCCGGGCUCCUAACAAGUCGAUAUGUAGUGUCACUUAAUGGCUGUUUCUUGCAAUAUUAUUUCUUUACCUGGCUAGCGGGAUCUGAGUGUUGCCUCUUGUCCGUCAUGUCUUACGACAGAUACGUCGCAAUAUGCAAGCCACUGCAUUACACCACUCUUAUGAAUGGCAGGUUUUGCCUCCAACUAGCAGCAGGGUCUUGGAUUAAUGGGAUGGUUGCUAGUGCUAUAGUAACGUCUUUGAUGUCCCGUCUAAGCUUCUGCGGCCCCCAUGCAGUUGACCAUUUCUUCUGCGAUUUCACCCCUGUGACUAAACUCUCCUGCAGUGACACCCGCCCAAUUGAACUCGUCACUUUCGCCCUGGCCUCCGUAUUCACCCUGCUUCCCUUUCUACUCACCCUCAUCUCCUACGUCUGCAUCAUCCUCACAGUUCUGCGGAUCCCGUCCACCACCGGGCGGCAAAAGGUCUUCUCCACCUGCUCCUCCCACCUCCUCGUGGUGACUAUUUUCUAUGGGGCCCUGAUCGUUGUAUACUUGUCUCCAAAAACCCACACCCUGAGAGAUCUGAACAAAAUUUUCUCCAUCUUCUACACCGUGCUGACUCCCCUGGUCAACCCCCUCAUCUACAGCCUGAGAAACAAACAUGUCAAGGAGGCCGUGGGGCACUUCAGGAUUAAGUGUGCAGCCUUUGCAAGAGAUCGGAGAAUUCAAGCUCACAUGCCCAAUAUCGCCAUCCUAGGUUCGGGCGGGGGCCUACGAGCCACGAUCGCCCUUAUGGGCACCUUGGUGGAGAUGAAGAAACAGGGUCUGCUGGAUGCCGUCAUGUAUCUGUGCGGGGUGUCGGGUUCCACUUGGCACAUAGAGAAGAAAGCAGCUGUUAGAAAUUGA